AUGUUGCGGUGCCGGGCAUGUGGGUUUGCAUGGAGGAGUGGUGCGGCUCAAGGACACGCGGGACGAGGGGGUUACUCCGUGGGUCUGGCGACGGGUGGAGGCAAGGGGGACGUGAAGCAUGAGCACGACUCGGACGACUACUCCUAUGUCACGGAGGAGGCGGACGACAAGGAGACGGGUGCCGCGCCAGACCGCCCGGCACGCAAUCCCCCACGUGUCGUGGGGACAGCGGCCAAGAGCCGCGUGCACGUGCCCAACUCGCCACGGUCGCCCAUGCUCCGACCGUGGUCCGCGCGCGCGUGGACGUCGCGCAAGGAGGAGGGGGCCCGGCACCGUGGUCGCACUGUCUCCCCGACAGCAGCCGCGCCACGGGAGAAGGAGCCAGAGCCUGAGGCUCCUCUGGCACGUGAGGGCCGUGGAGGUGCCCGAGCGUUGACUACGCGCAAGCGCGAUACGCUGGAAUGCCCCAUCUGCUGGCAAGAAGUCGGCGAAGACUUCCGCUGGCUUAUCCCAGCAUCAAUUCUGGCGGAAAGACAGGCCAGGCGCCUGAAGCGAGACCGGGAGAUGCAGCAGGGUGCGGAGGAGGUUACGCCUGCGCCGAACCUGAAGCAGCGCCGUGAGGUGGAAGAAACAAAGAGCGGGGUGACCUUGAAUGACAUCAUGGAGGUGCUGCGUGAGCAAAAGGGAGAACGCAAGAGGCGUCGCAAGCACCGACGCAGGCGCGCCAGUCCCACGCCGGAAGUGGAGCGCCGCGAGAAGAAAGAUAGGAAAAAAGAUCCUCCAAGUGAGGACGAAGAUGCUGGGCCAAAAGUGUUCCGGGGACCGCAGGGCAGUCUGAUCUUUCGAGUUCCUGCCAGCAUGGUGUGGUGA